AUGAAGCGCCCCCUGCUCCUGCUCCUUCUCCUGCUGGGGGCCGUUGCUCCAUUCCACCUGGAGAAUCAAGCUCCCCGCCUGGAGAGCCAAGAAGCACAGGCAGACCUGAGCCAGGACCUGGAAGGUUCAGGGGAUCAGGAGGGAGCGUUGGCCCUGCCUGAGGAGGAGAUUCGGCCGGAAGGAGAGCAGGAGGAGCCUUCCAGCGAUGAAGAUGACUUUGAGGACAAGGAGGACACGGAGCUGGACCCAAGUGACCUAGACGACAACUUUCAGUGCCCCCAGAAGGAGGACACAGUUGAAAUAACGGGCAGUCCUGGGUGCAAGACCUGCCGCUACAUCUUGGUGCGGAGUCCCCGGAAGUUUCAGGGAGCUCGGAUAACCUGCAGGAGGUGCUACAGAGGCCACCUCGCCUCCAUCCACAGCUACAGCACCAACUAUCGAAUCCAAUGCAUGACCAGUGGACUCAACCAAGGCCAAGUCUGGAUUGGAGGCAUACGCAGGCGUUGGGGCUGGUCCCGGAGGUUUUUCUGGACUGAUGGGAGUUGCUGGAAUUAUUCAAACUGGGCCGCAGGGCAUCCUAAACAUGGGGCUGGCCGCUGUGUAGCUCUAUGCACCAGAGGGGGCAAAUGGCGACGUGUGAAUUGCUGGAGGCGUCUGCCCUUCAUGUGCUCCGUCUAA